AUGGCCGACGCCAACCCAACCUCCUCCGCUCCGGCGACGACGGCGGCGGCCACAAUCUCCAACCUCAACCUCGACACCGAUCCCCACACCCCUCUCAACCAACAGUCUUCCUUCCGCCCACGCGCGCCGCCCACUCCACAUCUUGGCGCCGGCCGAGAUCUCUUCAGCGACGCGCUCGCGAUCCCCACGCUGCCCACCUCCGUUGCUCCCACCGCCGCUCUGGCGAUCCCCAACCCUACCGCUGCUCCUCCUACCCUCUCCAUCCGCGACAUCAACAUCGGCAACUACAUCAACUUCAAGGUCCAAACUUCUGGGGCCAACCUCUCCAAGUGGCGGCAGACGUUCACGUACAUCCUCACGAUGUGCCAGGCUCUCGAUCACGUCACGGCGGGCGCCGCCCCGGCUGUGCCCUCCGCCGCAUGGCUCGCCGACGACAUCCACCUGUGCCUCAUGUUCAUGGCCACGAUCGCCGACGACCUGUUCCGCCUCGUACAAGGCACAGACGGCCGCGCCAGCACCAUCUGGCAGCGACUCCACGGCAUCUUCUUCGCGCACCAGUCCUCGCGGUACGUCUGCCUCAGCAAGGUCUUCCGCACCACCCCACGCGGUGAUCUGGGGAUCAGUGCCUACGCCAGCCGUCUCCAAGCCAUCGCGGACGACCUCGCCGACAUCGGCUACCCGGUCGCGGACCACGACCUCACCAUGCAGUUCCUCGCCGGCCUCGGUGGAAAAUUCAAGAUGCAGACGGAGCUGAUCGAGAACAACCCACCGCUACCUCCCUUCGCCGACGUCUUCUCCCGCCUCCUCCUCGCCGAGUACACCAUCGAUCACAACCAGCGGGAGGAGGGCGCCCACGCCAUGGCUGUCCAUGGCGGCCGCGGCGGCCCGCACGGCGGCGGCGGCACACAUGGCGGCGGCGGCCCUAACAGCGGCGGCACACAUGGUGGCGACCGGCGCAGCACGGGCUAUGGCCGUGGAUCUUCAUCCGCACCGCUGGCCGGGGUGAGCCCCAACUAUCGGGGCAAGAACCCCAUCCCCGGCUUUGUCCACCCCAACCAAGGUGGUCGUGGCCGUGGCGGUGCUCCUUCCGGUGGUGGCGCCGCUAGCUCCUACCCUGGUGGUGUGGGCAACGCCUCGCAGACGCCCUGGCUUGGGUACUUCGCCCCCAUGGGGGCUCAGUUCCCGCCCGCCCGUCUGCCCUGGGCACCGCCCAACUCCGCGAGCGUCCUCGGGCCUCGCCCCGGGCAGCCUCACCAGGCUUACCAGCUGCUCCACUACGGCCCUCCGUCGGCCCCGAUGGUUCCUCCCGCACCAGCACCGCACCCUGCUGCCCCGACGCCGUACUCGUUCGACCACACCGGUCUUCUCCACCACGCCAUGAGCUCCACUGCCACGUACCCGCAGCAGCCUCCGGAGUGGAUCAUGGACUCCGGCGCCUCGUCUCACGUCACCGGUAAGACGGGACCUAGCCACCAAGACCCUUCUUCUUCGCUGCAAUAG